AUGUUCGCCUUGAAGUUCAGCAUUUUUAUGGCAGGUUGCCUUGCGUUAAGCACUGCCUCACCCAUAGACAUAUUUGAAGACGGAUUUGAAGCCCAGGACAAUCAAUUGGAGCAAUAUGAACCAUUAUUACUUUCUCGCCAUGCUCGUUCUCCCGAUGGUGGUAGUGUUGGAGUGGACUACCGCAAGGAUCAAAAUGGUCGUGUAGCAUCUGUACAAUAUAAACAGAAUAUUUACUCCAAUGGUGAUAGAUCGCUGGAUGCCAAUGCCCAUGCCAGUCGCAAUUUCGAUCACAAUGCAAAUGCUUUUGGUGGUGGUGUACAGGGUAAAUGGUCUGCUGGUAGUGGUGCUUCUGCUGAUUUCAAUAAGGAUCACUUUGGACGUCAAGCUACGGUGCAGUUGAAUCAAAAUUUAUUCACCACUCGUGAUGGUCGUGGUACCAUAGAUGCCUAUGCCCACGGAACACGUAAUUUUGAUCGUAAUUAUAAUAAUUUUGGUGGUGGAUUUCAAGGAAGAUAUAGAUUUUAAAU